GGGCCAAUGGUCAUUUCCCUAGACAAUCACAGCUGGAACACCUGUUCAUUAGGUGCAUUGCGCAGAAGCGGAUUAGGUUGUCAGGUCGCAGGAAGAAGCAGUUACCAUCCAAGUUGAGAAAGCAUUCAUCAUGGCAUCCGGUGUAGCAGUUUCCGACGAGGUCAAGGCCGCUUGGAAUGACAUCAAGCUGGGCAAGAAGGUCCGUUACUACCUUCUCAAGCUCAGUGAUGACUUGAAGGAGAUCAUUGUUGAACAGAAGGAGGCUGACAAGUCAAAGGGCUUCGACGACUUCGCCUCCAUGCUUAAGGCCAACUUCAUCAACAACUGCCGAUAUGCUUUCUUCGACUUGAACUUCAAGAACAGCGAGGGAAUCGAGAAGGACAAGCUCGUCUUCUUCUGCUGGGCACCCGACAGCGCCAAGAUCAAGGAGAAGAUGUUGUACGCUUCCUCCAAGGACGCCCUGAAGAAGGAACUCAGCGGUGUUCAGGUCGAGUACCAGGCCACCGGCCCCGAUGAGCUCGAAGUAGGAGACAUUCUCGCAAAGUGCGACCGGUAACCAGCAUACCACAACUAUUACAGACUCUUAUUCUUACUAUAAACUUGCAAAACCUGCAUAGAACACAAAAUAUUUAAAUCCAA